CAUCUACCUUCACCAGUGUUAUUACUACCGAUAACCGUGAUACAUUGUAUUGACAUAAUAUAUUAAUAUAAUUAAAGUCGAACGCGCAAAUAUUACGCUAUGGCCAGAUCGUCAUCAAAUAUCACCAUGAAAGUAUUCGUAAUCGCCAUAUCUGUGUGCGCCGCCCUCGCUCGUCCGGACGACACGAAAGUGGAAAUCAAACCGGCUGUGUUCAAAUCGGAGACUUUAGCCUCACCACUUCCGAUGACCAUAGUGAAACGAGCUACUCCUCAGGUCGUCUCGACUCAGCAAGAUUCGUCGCUUCCAAAUGUCAGUGAGGACGUCCUCGAAAAGGCGCUUAGUGACAGGAGGUUCGUGCUAAGGCAACUCAAGUGUGCUACUGGCGAAGGACCUUGCGAUCCCAUUGGCCGAAAAAUUAAAGCUCAUGCACCGCUAGUAUUGAGAGGAAUGUGCGUCAAGUGCUCGCAGUCGGAAAUCAAACAGAUCCAACGCGUUAUGUCACAUAUACAGAAGAAUUAUCCCAAGGAGUACACUAAGAUGCUGAAACAGUACCAAAGCGGAAUCUAAUCACGUCGUGGCAUCCAUGCACAAUAUUCCUGUUCAUGACCACCAUCGCGGCCGUUUUUGGCAUAAUUUAUAAUAGCGUUAUAAUAAAAUAUUACACAUAUAAAACUAUACAAUAC